AGCCAGGGAAUACAGCCCUGCAAUAUUUUGCGUUUUCCUGAACUGUCAUAUCUUCCUAAAUUUCUGUCGGCUGGGCUGAAUCAAAAGUCGUUCGGAGUUAUAUCAUCACUUAAUAUUAACAUAAAUUAAGCUAUGAUAUCGCAAUAUUCUCCCACAGAUCCGACAAGCCAGUAAUCUUCAACUACACAAAUGGCUAGCAGACUUUUCCAGUCGUUCUUCCCAUCUGUUAAAGCGCAGGAGGAAGAUAUAAUCGAUCCACAAACUGUUCUCCGGGAAAAGUGUGCCCAAGAAGGACACGCGACCCAUCUCUACGAGAAAUAUCAAGCUUGCAAUGAUCGUGUCAACAGUCGAUCCCAAACCACCGAGACCUGCGUUGAAGAAUUGUUCGACUAUAUGCACGAACUGGAUCACUGCGUCAACAAGACUCUGUUCUCGAAGCUGAAGUAAUUGAAUCGCGCUUCGAUGAAGGAUGGGCAGUUUUAGUUGUAGAAGUUUUCAUCUCUAACAUGAAUCUGUCCUAUUCAAACUUGAUAGAUUAAUAAAGCGUCUGAACGGAACCAUUACUAGUUACGA